AUGGAUUGGAAGACUUUUCAGGCCCUACUGAGUGGAGUGAAUAAGUACUCCACAGCCUUUGGUCGCAUUUGGCUUUCCGUUGUCUUUGUGUUCAGAGUGAUGGUAUACGUGGUGGCAGCAGAGCGUGUCUGGGGUGAUGAGCAAAAGGACUUUGAUUGCAACACCAGACAACCAGGCUGCCCAAACGUCUGCUACGAUCACUACUUCCCUAUUUCCCACAUUCGCCUGUGGGCGCUACAGCUCAUCUUUGUCACCUGCCCGUCACUUCUGGUGGUCAUGCAUGUGGCGUACAGGGACGACAGAGAGCGCAAAUACCGUGCUAAACACGGUGAAGACGCCAAGCUGUAUGACAAUACAGGGAAGAAGCAUGGUGGUCUAUGGUGGACCUACCUGGUGAGCCUUUUCGCGAAGACGAUCAUCGAAAUCGCCUUCCUUUACAUCCUGCACCGCAUCUACGACAGCUUCUACCUCCCACGCCUGGUCAAAUGCGAAAUUAAGCCCUGCCCCAACCAGGUGGACUGCUACAUUGGGAGGCCGACUGAGAAGAAGGUCUUCACAUACUUCAUGGUGGGUGCCUCUGCCUUCUGUAUUGUGCUCAGUGUUUGUGAGAUCAUCUAUCUUAUCUCCAAGCGCGUCAUCCGUUGCGCCAACAAGAUGAAGAGUCACAGAGAGCGCACUAUGGCUUUGCAUCAGGCACACUUUAGGGAUGAGGAGAACAGCUGCAUGCUGCCCUUGUCUGAACUGAACCAUAAGCCUGGACAAAAGGCCGAGCCCCAGCCAGACACCAAGCCCACUUUUAAACCUGCCUACCGCUUAAAUGCGGACUUGAGAGCCUCAGCUCCUAACCUGUCUACCGCUGCCUAG